CUGCACUCGGAUCUCGGCUGAUGAUCGUUACGGUACGCGAGCGCGUGUGUGUGUUUUGUGCUAUUUCCGUUUUCGUGUGCGUGUCCGCGUAUAAUAUUAUUAUCUCUUCGUGGUUGUAAUAAUAUUAAAAGGUCCGCCGCCGACCACUGCGUCGCAUUUGAUAUUAUAAUAAUAAUAUUACAAUUAUUAUUAUUAUUAUUGUUCAUAUGUUUUUCUUCUUGCAAAUGAAUAAAUCUUGACGACGGCACAACGUUUCCGACGUUUGAAAGGAUUCGACGACCGCAUAAAUUUUUCCGCUGUUCUCCGACAGGUGGAUUACAAUAAUAGUUAUUAUUAUUGUUUUCUUUUUCUUUUUUCAUAUAUAUAUAUAUUUUAAAUUUAAUUCCUAUUAGCUUUGAAAAGUGAUUUAUUUUUGUUUCAAAAGUAUAAUUUAUAAUAUUAUAUUGUGUUGACCUACCCGCGAUAACAGUGGUGAACAAGUGCGCCCGUACAAAAAUACGAUAAUCUUAAUUUGUAUUAUUCUCGGGACUGUGUUUUGAAUUCUUAAUCUACGGAUCAGUGAUUUUACCGUCGGCAGAACGUUUUUAACCCCGUCUGGAUUGAAUCCUUUUUAUACGCGUCGCCUUUGGAAUAAUCGGUAUCAGCAGUGCCUCCUACCUACCUGUACAACAUCGCACGGGUGACGACGACCACAACGGUGACACACUCAUCCCGUCCACAGCACCUCAAGUUUAACGCGUGUAUGGCCGUCGUACGGUCAACGGCGUUUAGCCGUUCGGGUCCAAAUCACAUCCGCCCGCAGCACCAUCGCCGCGGCGGUGUCUUCCGGCAUGCCUGACAAGGAGACCAGUAUGCUGUAUCCAAAUCCGUUCGACUACUCCGUCGGGCUGUCCCUGCAGUUCCCACUGUCGGCCGCUGCGGCCCCGCCGCCGCCCCCGGACGCCAGGGGAUCGUGCAUAUGGAAUCCCAGCCUCAUACCGCCCGCCACGUCAAGCCCGUCAACGUCCAGCAUGGGCGCGUUCCAUCAGCCUAUACCGCACAGCUUAGUCGGGAGUUGCGGUGUUGGAGGAUCAGGUGACUUAGUUCGGAGGGGGGCGGGUGGCGUCCUGCCGCCACACCAUCCGCACCCCCAUCCAGCCGAUUUCCCCCAUCCGCUUCGUUUCAACUGUAUGGAUAUCUGUUCGUCGUUUGCAACAGUCGGUUCCCUGAGUUCGGGUCUGUGUAGCCCGUUGGCACAAAGCUUUUCGCGUCAGGGCAAGAAACGGGCGCUGUCUGUGUCGCCGUCCCCAGACCUGGAGCUACAUGGCAGGAUUCGGUCAUCGCCGAGUGCACUAUACUCGGCUGCCGCAGCGUACGGCGCUUCGUGCUCUAGGAGCUCGAGUACGUCCGGUUCGUACGGCCACCUGAAUCCGCUGGCGUUUACUAUGCAGCAUCACCCGUCCGUCAUAUCGCCUCAAGUUCAACAGUUGUUGCGAUCCGCCAGUGGCUUGCAUUUGCCGUGGCAUAACGCUGCUGCCAUGCCAUCAUCCGCUCAUCAUCCUUCGUACAACAUUCAUAUGUUACCUGUACCCUCACAGGACUGCAGUUCACAGAUGUUGGCCAACGACAUGUGCAAGGUCAAACAAGAACGCUCCAAAUCAAAAUCGACAUCAGCUUCAAAAAAGUCUUCUCAAAAAGUUGUUGAAGACUCGAAACAAAACUCACCAGAAUCUAUCAGCGAUCUUAAAGGGGAACCAGAUUUUAUCGAGACAAACUGUCACUGGAAGAACUGUAAUUUAGAAUACCAGACUCAGGCUGUAUUAGUACAGCACAUCGUUAAUGAUCAUAUUCAGGCGAACAAAAAGUCAUUUGUAUGCCAGUGGCAGGAUUGUUCUAGAGCCGAGAAGCCAUUCAAAGCCCAAUACAUGCUUGUGGUACAUAUGCGAAGACACACUGGAGAGAAGCCACAUAAAUGCACGUUCGAAAAAUGCACCAAAGCUUAUUCGAGGUUGGAAAACCUAAAAACUCAUCUCAGAUCUCAUACCGGCGAAAAGCCCUAUACUUGUGAACACCCUGGUUGCAGUAAGGCUUUUAGCAAUGCUUCCGAUAGAGCAAAACAUCAAAACCGCACUCAUUCUAGCGAGAAACCCUAUAUAUGUAAAGCUCCUGGAUGUACAAAACGUUACACCGAUCCUAGUUCCUUGCGCAAACACGUCAAGACGGUUCACGGAGCUGAUUUCUAUGCGCAUAAACGACAUAAAGGCAAUGGAAAUGGCGACAACAGCCGCGGUGGAGGAAGCGGUGGUGGCGGUGGAGGUAGUGGCAACGGCCCGGGUGCUGACGACGCGUCACCGUAUCGGAGCGAUGAGAUGCCGAUGAGUGCCAAAACCGUUAGCGUGUCUAGUCCUAGUAUAAAAUCUGAAGAAACAAAUUCCCCUGGACAGCAACCCAGUCCUAUGAGCGUUCCAUAUAGCAAUAGAAUGUUUCACGACGAACCUAUUAGUGACAGCAACCAUAGUGCAGACGCUUUGGAUGAUAAUUGGGUUGAAGACGGACAUGAAGACUUAUUCGACUUUAUACCAAUGCACUCCGAAAUGGGAAUGGUUACUUCGGCACCUAUGGUCCGAAGGAUGCGACGGUUUGUGCCACAUGUUGGAUUGAAGCACGUCGCAGCCGGUGAAUUAUCGCCUAUGUCCGACUUGAGUUCAGGACACGGAAAUACUUCUGGUAUGCAAGAAUUAAAUAAGCAAUUAACUGAUAUGAAAAUGAUAUCUAAUCAAGACACAAUACGGAGAGAAAGCACGUUUAGUAACUACUGGAGCAUGAAGUCUGACCACAGUCGCAGGAAUAGUCAAGUGCCUUCCGAGCAUCAUAGGUUAAGUAACGCCUCGUCCUUAUACGAUCCGAUUUCUGUGGAUUAUUCACCUAGUCAAGCAAAUACAGCCAUGGGUCCUGAUAUGGAUGCGUUUACCGAUAACGAAGAAUGCAGGCAGAUGCCAGAAAGUGCAAAAAUGUCAAGACCUCAAACUCGCCAAGCCGGAGCCGUACAUCAUCCCAACUCUAAUAUCAACCUUGACGAGGUCGGUGAGGGCGAAUCACUGGAGAGCAAAAUGGUUCUACCCGAUGAUUUUGACGACGUCAUUAAGGACAUGAUAAGUGAAAAAAUCGACGAUUACGAUCUCGGCGCUUUCGACGCGGAAAAAACCAUCAACGAACUGACCGAAUCCGCUCUGGAGAACAUCCCCACGCUGACCCCGCCCAUCGUUCAGGAAACGACUAACGGCGCCGGCAACGGUCAAGCGUUGACCAAUUCCGUGGCUCCCGUCGUUUCGCCGCCCACUCUGAACGAUAGGCCCACCAAAGUUCCACCAGCCAACAGCUACAGGAACAUGCGCAGCAACAGUUUACCGGUCAACUGGCAGGGACAGGCGCAGAGCUACGGUCAGGGCUUGCCCGGUGCGGCGUACAACCCUCAAUUCCAGAACCAAAGACCGUACCAGGCCAACCACCCGGCGAUGCUGUUCGGCACCACAACCACCAACAACAACAGCAACAACAAUAACUUUAACUUCGGACCGAUGAUGCAGCAGAGGCAGAACGGUGGACGGUACUCGUAUUCGUCCAACCAGGACUUCGUCAACUACAACCAAAAUUACGCCAACUUCAGGCACAACGGCGGACAGCAGUACCACCAAUUGAAGAACAACAACAAUCAACACUACCAACUGAACAAUAACAAUAGCAACAACAACAAUAACAACGCCAACACCACCAACAACAACAACAACAACAGCAAUAGCAACAACGGUCAGCAGUUCCACGGCCAAGCAAAUGAAAAUGGGUAUUACGAUAACAACAGCGCCACCCCAAGCGCGUACCAUAGAUGCCAGAGGACCGCCGCCGGUAACGGAGGACAACAAGCCGCGACGGUGGGACAAGCGGCCGUCGCGCACGGCAUGCAGUCGUAUAGCCACGGAUAUUACAACGGUGGCUGUAACAACCAACAGUGCGGUCAACAGCAGUGCGGCCAACAGCACAACAACAAUUACUACAACAGUGGUUAUCAUCAGAACAACGGCGGAAAAUUCAAUAACUGUUACUCGAGACCGAACAGUCACCACCAACAGAUGCAGAGCCAGCAGACCCAUCAGCAGCAGCAGCAGCAGCAACAACAGCAACAGCACCAGCACCAGCAACAGUACUAUACAGAUCUGGACCGUAAACCGGAUACCGGAACGACGGUGGCCGCGGGCCCGAUGGAAGAACAAUCCUCUUCCUUCCGGCCCGCACCAGAACCCCAAGAGUUCGACAGCAGCAACAACAUGGUGCUUAAGGACAUGUCCACAUCAUUGAGCUCGCUGUAUGAUGAAAACACCUUUUUCCAAAUGUCCACCGUGUUCUCGGAAUCAUAACCAUUUACGUAUAUUUUAUUGUACAGAAUAUUUAAAACUAUAGUUACCACUGUUUUGUAAGUGCUCUCCUCCCCCUCAAAUGAAGUGUUGAUGAUUUGUAUUUGUAAUUUUUAUAUAUUUUUUUUUUUUUCUGUAUAACUGGUCAUUAAUGAUAAACUUUUGUUAGAUUUAAGAUGAAUGCAAUUUUAAAUUGGUGCAUUUUUUCUAUAUUUUGUAUAACGUAGAUUUGAAAAAGUAAAAGAUGA